AAGAAAUUACAAGACAGAUCAGGAACAGCUUAGACUCUUCAGGGCACAGAGAGAAACCAAAGUAAAAAAACACCUUUCUUCCACAAAUUACCAGAGAUCGUAGAAUCUUCGGGCUCUCUUUUAGAAGAUCCGUUUACCGUUCCUUCUCUCUCCGAUUCCGAUGCCUUCCCGUAGACGUACCCUCCUCAAAGUCAUCAUCCUCGGCGAUAGCGGGGUGGGGAAAACCUCUUUGAUGAAUCAAUAUGUUAAUAAAAAGUUCAGCAACCAGUACAAAGCGACCAUUGGAGCGGACUUCUUGACCAAGGAAGUACAGUUUGAAGAUCGACUUUUCACUUUACAGAUAUGGGAUACAGCUGGACAGGAAAGGUUUCAGAGUCUUGGUGUAGCUUUUUACCGAGGUGCUGAUUGCUGUGUCCUUGUAUAUGAUGUCAACUCCGUGAAAUCAUUUGACAGUCUGAACAACUGGAGGGAAGAAUUUCUGAUCCAGGCGAGUCCAUCGGAUCCAGAGAAUUUUCCAUUUGUUCUUAUCGGAAAUAAGGUUGACGUGGAUGGUGGAAACAGCCGAGUGGUUUCGGAGAAAAAGGCUAAAGCAUGGUGUGCUUCAAAGGGAAACAUUCCCUACUUUGAGACCUCUGCUAAAGAAGGCACCAAUGUGGAGGAAGCUUUCCAAUGCAUUGCCAAGAAUGCGUUGAAGAGCGGAGAAGAGGAAGAGCUAUACUUGCCAGACACAAUCGAUGUCGGGACAAGCAAUCAGCAGAGAUCUUCUGGUUGUGAAUGCUGAAGAAUUAUCUCACAGAAGAAUGCUUUUGGUCUCUUCUUCCAUUACCUCUAUGUUGUAAAUUUGUUCUUUUAAAAACAAAUUUGAAUUGUUUAGUAACUAUUUGCGGGAUUUUACGUUAUUUUGCAACUUAAGAUCUUUACAUUUUCUAUGGUGUUAUCGGAAACUCAGCCAGAGAAAACAAAAAUUGUCGGGUUUCGAAACGUUGUAAUGUAUCGUUUUGUUUCGUUUGGUU